AUGAAGAUCCUGUCACCACAAACUCGCGAGUUUGGUAAGAACAGGGGGGCGGCGGCAGAGCGGCAGGAGUUGGAGCUGGAGUUGGAUCUUGAUCUUGAGUUGGAAUUGGAGUUGGAGCUGGGGUUGGGGCUGGGGUUGGAGCUGGAGUUGGAGUUGGAGUUGGAGUCGGCAGGUUGCAGUUCGCAGGUGAUGUCGUUCGAAGAAGGAAACGAACGGACGGACGGACUGACGGACCGAACGAACGUACGAAGCACGGCGAGGACAAUGAAAGAAGCCGAGAUUACGUGUAGCUGUAACUCGUACGGCCGGCGGCAGGGUGCAGUACCGCGCACGUCCCCACAAGAGAAAAAGACAGAGAAAGACACAGAUAUGCAUGCAUGCAAGCAUGCAGGAACAGAUCUUCCGGAUCGCAGCUUUUCCUUCUCCUUGCUCACCCCACCAGCGCCGCACUGCACCUGCACACUGCCACCGUCUGACCAAGUUGUACUGGACUGGACUGGAGAAAUAGGGUUUGACCCGCAUGCAGAUCACACAGCCGAAGUGUGCUUACGGAGUACCAUCAAGGAGCCCCCGGCUGCAACUCUCCGCAACAGCCGAUUCGAUUCGAUUAUGCAGAGAGGUGAAGAAGGGUUGAAUGUACCACAAAGGCAGGAACAUUCAGGGCUCUUCCUUCGUCAUUGUUCCAUCACGCCCCUGUAUAAUCAACUCAAGCCUUUCUCUUGCAACUCGCUCACUCCUGCCGGACGAUGCGGCUACAAGUAG